AUUUGAUUCUUUGUUUCAUCACCUAGGAUCAGGGUGAGAAAAAGGAGAAUCCAAUGCGCGAAUUGCGCAUCCGCAAGCUGUGCCUCAACAUCUGUGUGGGGGAGAGCGGAGACAGACUGACCCGUGCCGCGAAGGUCCUGGAGCAACUGACUGGUCAGACUCCUGUUUUCUCAAAGGCUCGCUAUACUGUGCGCUCAUUUGGCAUCCGAAGAAAUGAAAAGAUUGCAGUUCACUGCACUGUCCGUGGAGCCAAAGCAGAGGAAAUUCUAGAGAAAGGACUUAAGGUUCGUGAGUACGAGCUGAGAAAGAACAAUUUCUCGGAUACUGGCAACUUUGGUUUUGGCAUUCAGGAGCAUAUAGAUUUGGGCAUCAAAUAUGAUCCCAGUAUUGGCAUCUACGGGCUGGAUUUCUAUGUUGUCUUGGGCCGUCCUGGAUUCAGCAUUGCUGACAAGAAGAAGAAGAGGGGUCGCAUUGGAUCCAAACACAGGAUUGGAAAAGAGGAGGCCAUGCGCUGGUUCCAGCAGAAAUAUGAUGGGAUCAUUCUUCCCGGGAAAUAAAUGGAUUUACUCUUUAUAUCAGUUAAUAAAAAAGUAAAAAAAGACAAA